UGGCAAUGCGGUCGACGACAACACGUUUAUGGCCCGCCGUGCUGUGCGCGUGCACCGUGCUUCCAAUCUUCCUCCUGUCGAGCGCCAACGCCGCCGCGACCACGCCGUCAGACGUCAACGACGUCCAGCACAGGAAGCCGUCGGACAAUCGCACCCUGGAUCAAAGAAUAUUGCGCUCGUGGGAGAAGUUCGAACGUAACCUGCAGGGCAUCGUGGACACAAUCUCCAAAAAGAUGCUUCCCAUCGUGAUACGGAGAAGUUCCGAGCUGGACGUUUCGGAAGAGUGCAAGGGUGCUCUCCUCAAGGUGUUCUUUGGGAUACGCUCGCUGAAGAGAUGGGCGUUUCAAUUCCUGGACGCAGCGGGCAAGCCAGCAGGCGGAAUCCUGACGGGCACGCUGACGGCUUUCGGAUCCUACGACCAGUGCGUGGCCAUCAAGGCACGUGACAGGCCCGACGAAAAAGUCCGCUUCACGGGCCAAUAUUGUACCGUCAAGUUGAGACCUCCAAUACCCGAAAAACCCAGCUACUAUACUUUACACGACCGUGUCCAGCUCUUCAUCAACAGCAGUCACAACACGGUGACGGAGGAGAUUGCGGAGAAGAUGCAUUUUUUCUACUUCCUCGUGUACCGCUAUGGGGUCUGCGUGCCUUCCACUUGUAGCCGAGACGAUGUGCAGAUGAUCGCUUCAAGUCUGACGAAGAGUGCGGAAUUCGAAGUCAAUGUUUCAGACUGCGAGGUUCUAAAAGAGAAAAUCGAAUUCACUCCGGAUCAGACGGUGAUUGUGGUCGUCGCGGGAUCCCUGCUUGCUCUCGUGCUUCUAUCGACAGCUGUGCACAUCGUCAAAGAAUCCCUCAGGGAGAAAGACGGAGACGAAACAUUCUUCGCACGCUUCACAACGGCUUUCUCGCUGACCCGGAGUCUGGGCCGAGUGUUCAAGGAGGGAACAAAACUGGACCAUCUUAGCGCUCUGCACGGUCUGCGAGUUCUCAGCUGCUUGUGGUUCAUGUUCGGGCACAUCUUCCUCUUCCUCAACUACCAGUUCUUUCGAAAUUUGAUGAUCGCUGUGGGCUUCGCCAAGAACUUCCCUUUCCAAAUGGUGAUCAACUCCACUCUGGCCACGGACUCUUUACUCUUCCUCAACGGUUUUCUGUUUGCCUACCAGAGCCUCGCUGGUCAAAGCUUUCCCAGUAAGAAAAGCAGCCCGUUUCUGAUCGUGCUGCACAGAGCAUACAGGGCUUCUGUGUCGAUACUACUGGUGAGCGCAGUGGCUAUCAUGUUGCCAAUCGUGGGCACUGGUCCGAUGUGGCGCGAGACGAUGCAGCCUGUAGCUGACAAUUGCAGGGCGAAUUGGUGGAUCAACCUCAUCUUCCUCAACAACAUUCUACUCUUGCCGGAAGACAGGUGCCUGGAGAUCUCGUGGUACUUCUCCGUGCUCAUCCAGCUGUGCUUGGUCGGCUCCUUGGUUAUUCUCGUGAUAAAAAGGCGUUUCUUCUUCGGCAUGGCGUUGAACGUGUCGCUCGUCGGGUGCUGUGUGAUCGUCAUGGGAGUUCUGACGGUAACCCAGCACUUGCCACCUACGGUGCUCUUUGCGCAGGCUGAUAUCAAGUCUCGGCUUGAGAUGGAGAAUAUGAUGUACCAACAGCCAUACGUCCACAUGGGACCCUUCUGCAUUGGCUUGGGCUUGGCGUGUAUCCUAGUCAACAAGCCUAUCGUGCACAUGAACUCCGUUCUAAGAUCGCUCGGGUGGCUGUGCUCAGCUCUGUGCUCUCUUGCCGUGCUCUUCGGGGCCUAUCGGUGGAACUGUGGCGCAGAUAUUGCUACCGCUCCGGUGGCGCUCUAUGCCGCCGCCCACAGGACGGCCUGGGCGCUCUCCGUGGCCUGGGUCACUUUCUCGUGCGUUACCAAGAAAGCAGGUAUCAUCGGAGACUUCCUUUCAUGGCCCGGUUUCGUCCCAAUGAGUCGACUUGUGCCGCUAGUGUUCCUCAUCCACCCACUUGUACAGAACACCUUCACAGCUUACGUGCGGGAGAGAGUGCAAGCAGACCAGCUCAUGGCUGUCUUCCUCUUCUGCGGGUUGAUCGUGCUUGGGUUCGGCGGCGCCCUCAUCUGUGCCAUCCUGGGCGACUGCCCGCUUCAAGACCUCGAAGCACUCCUGUGCGAGAAGCUGGGCCUGAGUCUCCCCAUGGAACGAAGCACUAGGAAAUUUCUGGAGGCCACAAAACCUGUAUUACAGCCAGUUCUCAAAGCCCUGCCUUUGCCCGACUGCACCAAGCUCACAAUACUAGAAGAGAAACCCCUUCAAGACAGAAUCGUCGACAUCAAAGGCACCGAGUGCCAUCUGUAAAUAUAGACUAGUCGGUGACGAGAGGGGAGAUGCGAGAGAUCUACAGUGUGUGCUGCGUUCAAAACAACAUUGCUAUGAUCCGCGGGAACCAUAGCCUGCUCGGUCAUCAAGUCGCAGCAAUUUUCAUCAAGACGAGGCCUCGUUACACCUGCUUCGGAAGGAAAUCCGCAAUGUGACAUCUUGCCUUUCUUUCUAUUCGAGGCCAAAAGGAUCUCGUAACAUUUGCCGAUACUUUUUGUGGUGAAGUGUUUGCCCAGUCUUAUAUAUGUUGCACGGCAUUACUACGGUGCAGCUUUUUGUGCUACUCACGAUUGCGAUCCGAGAGAGAGCUGACAUGUAAAUAUCGCCGCUCAGAGGCUCCGAACUUCCAGAAGCAUCUCUCAAAACAAAGAGAUAUCUACAGGGUGAAUUUAGAAAAGGUUACGCAUUUCGAUCGA